UGCGGAGCGGAAGGUGGAAGAGCUGGAGGAAGGCGCGCUAGAUCUUCUCCCCCCGAUCAGAUCUCCCCCGCCGGGUCUUUAGGGUUUUAGUUCCGCCACCUGCCGCCGCCGCUGCCCAAAAGGCCUCGCCUUUUUCUAGGGCUCCGGGAGCGCCGCCUGCGCUGCUGCCGCUCCUCUCUCUCUCUUGCUGUCUCUCUCUGAUGCAAGCUCUCAAGGCAGUGGACAAGGAGGACAAUAAGUUCGUCCACAAGAAGCCGAGGCUCGGCGAAGAGAUGCCCCUCACCGACGCGAACGACGACUCGUUUUUCUUCCCGGUGGAGGAGAUCGUGCAGUACCCGCUGCCGGGCUACGUAGCCCCCUCCUCGAUCAGCUUCAGCCCCGACGACCGCCUGAUCUCGUACCUCUUUAGCCCCGAUGGCACCCUCUACCGGAAAGUCUUCGCCUUUGACCCCGUGUCCCGGAGGCAAGACUUGAUCUUUAGCCCUCCAGACGGCGGGGGCCUCGACGAGAGCAAUCUCUCGGCGGAGGAGAAGCUGAGGCGGGAGAGGUCUAGGGAGAGGGGGCUGGGAGUUACUCGCUAUGAGUGGAGAGCCAGGUCGCCAUCCUCUUCUUGCUGUCCUCCACGGAAGCCUACCAUCAUGGUGCCCUUGCCUGCCGGGGUCUAUUUCCAGGAUGUAUGUGGCUCAGAACCAGAGCUCAAGCUGCAGAGUGUAGCUUGUUCGCCAAUCAUUGAUCCUCAUCUGUCUCCAGAUGGAAACAUGCUUGCAUUUGUGAGAGAUGAUGAGCUUCAUGUCUUAAGUUUGUCUGAUGGAGAAACCAAACAAGUGACAUUUGGUGCAAAAGGAAAUGGCAAGACUCAUGGCCUUGCUGAGUAUAUUGCACAGGAAGAGAUGGAUCGAAAGACAGGAUUCUGGUGGUCUCCUGAUAGCAAAUACAUUGCAUUCAGUGAAGUUGACUCAUCUGAGAUACCUCUUUUUAGAAUUAUGCACCAGGGUAAAAAUUCUGUUGGUUCAGAUGCACAAGAGGACCAUGCAUACCCUUUUGCUGGAGCAGCCAAUGUCAAAGUUCGACUUGGAGUUGUUCCUGCUUUUGGAGGAGAGGUUACUUGGAUGGAUCUUCUUUGCGGAGUGCAGGAUCAGAACAAUGGCGAUGAAGAAUAUCUAGCCAGAGUCAAUUGGAUGCCUGAUAAUUCUCUCACAGCUCAGGUUCUCAAUAGGUCCCACUCCAAGUUAAAGAUUCUUAAGUUUGAUAUUAGGACAGGCCAAAGAGAAGUUUUACUGGUAGAAGAGCAGGAUAUAUGGAUCGCAUUACAUGACUGUUUCACACCUUUGGACAAAGGAAGGAAUGAGUUUUCUGGGGGUUUUAUUUGGGCUAGUGACAAGACUGGCUUUAGACAUCUAUAUCUACAUGACAAGACUGGAGCUUUGGUCGGACCUAUCACUCAAGGUGAUUGGAUGGUGGAACAUAUUGCUGGUGUGAAUGACAAUGCAGGGCUUAUCUACUUCACUGGUACCAUGGAUGGACCAUUGGAAACUAAUUUAUAUUGUGCAAACCUAUUUCCUAAUCAUAACCUUCCAUUGCAACCCCCUCGAAGGUUGACUCAUGCCAAUGGAAGACAUGCAGUGAUUCUUGAUCAUCAGAUGCAGAGGUUCAUCGAUGUCCAUGACUCUUUGAAUACUCCACCUAAGGUCUUGCUUUGUUCAUUGCAUGAUGGAAGCAUAAUAAUGCCUCUGUAUGAGCAGCAACUUACCAUUCCGCGGUUCAAAAAGCUCCCACUUUUGUCACCAGAGAUUGUCCAAAUAUCAGCAAAGGAUGGUACUGCUUUAUAUGGGGCUCUGUAUAAGCCUGAUGCAAAAAAGUUUGGACCACCUCCCUAUAAAACAUUAAUCAGCGUCUAUGGCGGUCCAAGUGUCCAACUUGUAUGUGAUUCAUGGAUCAGUACGGUUGACAUGAGAGCUCAAUACCUACGAAACAAGGGGAUUUUAGUGUGGAAGCUAGAUAACCGAGGGACUGCAAGACGAGGAUUGAAGUUUGAGGGCCAUCUGAAACACAGCAUUGGCCAUGUAGAUGCAGAUGAUCAACUUGCUGGUGCAGAGUGGCUUGUAAAGCAAGGACUAGCCAAAGCUGGCCAUAUCGGUCUGUGUGGCUGGAGUUAUGGCGGCUUCCUCUCUGCCAUGAGCCUGGCGAGGUUUCCUGAUACAUUUCGGUGUGCGGUGUCUGGUGCUCCUGUGACUUCAUGGGAUGGGUAUGAUACGUUCUACACAGAGAAGUACAUGGGUUUGCCUACAGAGAAUCCUGGUGCUUAUGAAUAUGGCUCCAUCAUGCACCAUGUACACAAGAUCAAAGGCAAGCUGCUGCUUGUUCAUGGCAUGAUCGAUGAGAAUGUUCAUUUCAGGCACACUGCUAGGCUUGUGAACUCGCUAAUUGCUGCUGGUAAGCCGUAUGAGCUUCUGCUUUUUCCAGAUGAGCGGCACAUGCCCCGGCAGCUUCGGGACCGUAUUUAUAUGGAAGAGAGGAUCUGGGAGUUUGUAGAGAGGAACUUAUGAAGGGAUCUGUAGGUUUUUCCAUCUUUUGGCUAUUUUACGUGCCUGUGUUAAAUUACUUUCAUCUGAAGAACAAAGUCAAGCAGUAGCUCUUGCUGCUCUAUUGUUGAAUCAGGAUGCUGAAAUCCUUGCAUUUUUCAAUAAAUCAAAAGCUUUCAAAGUGUAGA